GCGCGCAUUCACUCACCGGCCGUCGGCGACCAAGGCCGCACCACGCACCCACGCACAGUCGACGAGCUGACGUGCGCCACGCUCCGCGCGACAGCAGCAGCAGCCCAGCAGCAUCCAGUUUUAGUUUUUUUGUGUUUUUCAGUUUUGUUUCAUCCAAAUUGCAAAGUAAGUGACGCGCCCUCUUCGGUCUUUUCGGCAGUCGUUUGUGUUCGUCCCAUUCCUUCUCCGCCUUCGCCUGUGACACGCGUGUGUGAUAACAGUGCGGCUGCGCUUGCAUUUUUACCGCUUCGACGUGUUCGAGUGCGUGCCUACUCUGUCAAGAAAGUGUUUUUGUUCGCCGUUGUUUCGCCAAUCGAGACUGCGACGCACUCACGUCAACAAAUCGUCAGCAGCAAGCACAUGAAGAUCGUUUCGCAUUCGUAGAUGCGCCCAACAGUCAAAAACGCCGCCGGUGAACGUGAAAGCAACACGGGCUUGAUCAAGUGCAUGGAAGUGCUGCGUACAGUCGAGAGCAAACCCUACGCGAGAUAGUAGACAGACAACUGCUGGAGACUGCACCUGCAUUAGUGCGAGGCGAUCGCGUAUCGGCUGUAAAUGUCACGUUCCUCGAGUCCCAGCGUCAUGGCAUUGCAGUCGCACUAUUCGCUCAGAUGGAAUAACCACCAGUCCCACAUACUCCAGGCCUUCGAAGGGCUGUUGCAAGAAGAGGUGCUCGUCGACGUUACUCUCGUAUGCUCGGAAGCUAGCCUCAAGGCGCACAAAGUAGUCCUCGGCGUGUGCAGUCCCUUCUUCGAGAGGAUAUUCACGGAACACCCGUGCAAGCACCCGAUCAUAGUGCUCAAGGACUUCACCGCCCGAGAGAUCGGCGCCCUCAUCGAAUUCAUGUACCGCGGCGAGGUGCGCGUGGAGCGCGACGAGCUCGCAGGCCUGAUGCGGGCUGCGGAGUGCCUGCAGAUCCGGGGGCUCGCGUCCGUGGAGCCGAGACCGGCCAGCACGCCGUCGACGCCCUGCACGCUGGUGGAGGAGCCGGAGACGCCCGAGUGCCAGCCGGCGACCACCGGCGAGCUCGCCGACGAGGACGAGGACAUGCCGAUCAACUCGACGCCCAUCUACGUGAGGCCUCGCCAGGACGCCACCGUCGGAGCCCACCGGCUUCGCCACAUCCGGCAACACCAAGCGCAGCUGCCGCCGGGCUUCCGGGCGCACGAGGAAUGCGAGUCACCGCUGCCUAGGCGCAAGCAGGCGCGCCCGAGGCGGAGGUCCGGCGACCUGCCGCAGGACCUCAGCAGCAGGAACCAGCCGCGGGCGAGCCUCAGCCCGCCCAGCGCGGGACUCAACCUCUCCAACAGCUCGCAUCGAGAGUCGCCCUCGUCGUCGCGCUCGCGCUCGAGGCAGCACUCGCAGGAGCGCUCGCCGUCCAGCCACUCGUCGCACCAGCGGCACCAGUCGGACCAGCUGCACCAGCAGCAGCAGCAGCAGCAGCAGCAGCAACUCCACCACCACCACCACCACCACCACCACCACCCGCCGCAGCAGCAUCACCACCACCAUCAGCACGUGCAGCGCCAGCAGCCGCACCAACACCAACUGCAGCAGCACCAGCACCAACUGCAGCAGCAGCACCAGCACCACCAACAGCUCCAGCAGCUCCAGCAACAGUCGCGCGCGACGCCGCGCCCGCACCGGCACAACAACCAACACCACUCCGGGGACGAGGCGGAGAACCUCUCGAUGAAGAGAGAGCCGAAGCUGUCGCACUCACCGGCCGGCUCGCUGGUCAAGAGCGAGAGCGAGGCCGCGAGCAGCCCGCGCGGCUCGCCGCUCGUCGGCAGCCAGAGCAGCCUGCAGCGCGAGGCGCACUUCGCCGACCUGCAGGCCGCGGCACUGCCGGCCAUGGCGGCGCUGUCGCUGGCGCCGUCGCAGCACCACAGCAGCGAGUACCUGGCGAGCCUCGGCCAGUUCGCGGCCCAGUGGCUGCCCGGCCACCCGAACCACCUGCCGCCGCGGCACCCGCGGGACGACAGUCCCCACCCGAGCAACGCGCACAAGCCCGGCGGCGCCGCGGCGAGCUUCGCCUUCGGCCAGUCGCCCAGCGAGUCGCCGCUGGCCGGCCGCAGCGCCUUCCCCAUCGACGGCAUCACCGGGCCCCUGGGCGCCGGCCUCUUCCCGCACGGCUCGGCGAUCGAUCUGCACGAGCCCUUCAAGCCCGAGACCUUCCACGGGCUGUUCGUCGGCGCGGGCAUGAGCCACCCCAACCCCGGCAAGAAGCCCAAGAGGUCCAGGGGCGAAGGCAUGGCGGCGCGCCGCUGGAGCGACCACCCCCGCGGCCCGUCCGCCUGCCGCCCCAAGGGCCAGCACAGCGCGCCCAGGGGCGGCCCGCCGCGCUCCUGGACGAACGGCGACCUCACCGAGGCCCUCACCAUGGUCUGGAACAAGAAGAUGACCACGUCGCAGGCCAGCCGCGUCUACGGCAUCCCUUACAACAGCCUGCUGAUGUACGUGCGCGGCAAGUACGGCAAGAGCCUCAAGCUCGAGCAGCUCAGAAGGGACUGCACCGGCGAGGGGAUGAACAGCCUGAACAACAACGUGAAGCCGCCGCUGGACCCGGCGCACAUGGGCGCGGGCACGUCCGACGGCGGCCUCGAGACGCAGACCUUCGCGCCCCACCCCGUCAUGCCCGGGGGCAUCCCCCAGAACUACUACCCGGAGUACCCCAACUACCCGGUGCCGGUGAACAUGGUGCACUUGCUGGCGCCCAGCGAGCAGGCCAACGGGCCGCCGCCAAGCCCGGGUGACCAGCACAUGCAGCAGCAGCAGCAGCAACGACCGCGAUCGCGGUCGCAGCCGCAGCGGCCGCGGUCGCAGCCCCAGCGGCCGCGGUCGCAGCCGCAGCAGCAGCCGAUACAGCAGCAGCCAAUGCAGCUGUCCAAGAGCAGGAGCCCGUCGCCGACGCCGGAGGCGCCUCCGCCACCGAUGCAGAAUGGUACCGACUGAGAGUCGAGGAGUGCAGCCGGGCACCGGCAGCAGUGGCCGCCGUCUGCCGACGAUUGGGCAGUCGCCGCCGCUGCUGCCGCAGCCGCAGCCGCCGCAGCCUCCAUUCCGCCCACAAGACUGAAAUCGCACCUCCAGGGUAACAAGCACGACAACCUUCUCUCACCCGAGACUCUGCUCUACUAUUGUAAUUACUAAGCGCCGUCGGCCCCAGCCACAACUCACUGUAGAUAUGAUUGUACCUUAAUUUUGACGUUUUCCGACUAAUUUUUAUCACAUUACCACUGUGCGAUUUUCAUGUUCUUUUUUUUUCUUUUUUUUUUUUAUAUAUUUUUUAAAUAAUCUCUUAUUGCUGCGAAGUUUUUAUUUGUGCUGCACUGUGAAUGUCGUACUUUUGUUAGAGUGCGCACCGGAAUGUGCAACAGUGUACAAGUUUUUUAAUCAGCGGCUAUACGAGAUUUUUUAUUUAGAUUUUAUACAGAUAUAUUAUAUAUAAAUAUAUAUAUAUAUAUAAAUAUUUAUCAGGAGAUGGCCAGCAAGAGUACGACCUUCGCUAGCAACUUUUAUUAAGCUCUACUUCUCUCAAGUAUUGUUUAAAGUUUGAUCAAAGUCUUCGCGUGUUUAGUUUGUAUACGAAACUCACGCACUCGCCCCGAUAUACUUCUCCGUCGACUGCAAACUUGAACCAAACGAGCGCAACUCCGACGUACGAGCCCAUGCUUCGUACGCAACAAUAGUCCUCUAUUGAGGUCCAGCCACAUCUUCAACGGUGACAAAAGGGAUUCGUUUUAUCCGCAUAUAUACUACAGACUCACUCAACACUACGAAAAGAUACUUGUAAAUAACUAUAUUAACUGCAGAGCGUUAUUUUUUCUAUACAACUUUUUGCCGGUCAAACACGCGCAGAAUCGCACGCUCGGAGCUGCGCUCGUCCCAUAGCACAAUAUUCCACGCAACACUCAUCGAUAACAGUUCCUGCCGCGCUCACCGAUCAUUAUAACCAAAUAAUAAAAUGACAAACUGACCCAUUCGAGUUCGACGAGAAUGUGAUGCAAGAUUUACGAACAACGCGCGCCGUGCGUCGCCGCUGCGUAUAACUGAUUUUAAAGAAAUAUUAGCCGACAUUUAUUCAAAACAUUUUAGGCUAUAAUUUUCAAAUUAUUCAUAUUUUGAUAAGUUUUAGUUUUGAUUUUAUUUCUUUCUUUGUUUGUUUUUGUUUCUUUUUCCAGUUUUUCACGUGUUCGGUUGCGCGUUCUAAAGUCGCGAUCAGCCAAGUGAGAGUAAUCAUUAGUUCUUCCAGUUUGCGCCAAAAUGAAAGCGCUGGAGCUUUCUUUUUCUUGUAAAGCUCCUUUUUUUUUGUGUUUUAGUAAAUAUAAUUGUCCCAAUGUUUUGUCGUUGAACAUAACAACUGCCUUUCGUUUGUUCUAUCGUGAAUUAAUUAUUAGUUGAACCUUUGAAGUACUUUUGAACAUUUAUUUGAUUUGAUAUAACAUAAAGGUGCAAUACACGCGGUUUGCAUAGUAUAUAGAUUUGGAUCGAAAUAAAUACUCGAUUUGUUUACGCAAUUGAGGGAAUAGUGCAAUAACGCUGCAUGCCUCGAUAGUAAAGUUAACUGUAUGAAUAUUUUCGAGUUUUCAAAUUGUUUAUCAUUUAUUACGAUCGUCUAUAAUUGCGAAGUAUGCCUUUGUUCCCUCGUAAGAUUGCGAGUGUGCGCCCGAAACGGUCGGAAAGGUGAGAAAAACCAGAUUCACUGUGAAACUUGGAUGGAUUUUUGAAAGAAAUAAUAUGAAAUACUGCGGAAACUACGUGAAAUGAAAAUAAUCGAGAGCACGUUGAACAAGUGAACGAAACCUUAAUAUUUUCGCAAGGUCCGAGGCCUCGAAGCUGACUAGAUGCGUGAAAAGCAUUUGGAAGCUAGGCCGAGGAUUUUAAAUGCAUUAUAGACCAGAAUUUUUGACAAAAAUAUUUCGACAUUCAGACGGAAGCGCAGGGUAACUUACACAUCAGGGAUAGCCGCUGACAAAUCUACGAUAGAUACAAAAAAAAGCUACAUAUUAAACUAUAAUAAACGAAAAAUGUUUGAACAGAGAGUAUAAAUCGCGUACAGAUAUAUUUCAUUUUUAAUAAAAUAAUAAGGAAUACAAAAUAAUAGAAUCGAAAGCGUGCGAGUGUCAAAGGAAAUGAUACGGGAAGUAAGAAUCUCUUUACAAAGCCCAUUAAAGAUGAAAACGAAUUUCGAUUAUUUCAUUCGGCCAUUUUAUUUCAAUGAUAAAUAGACCGUAAUAUAAAAAAUGUUCAGUGGCGAAAAAUAAGGGACGUAAAAAUAAUUAACAUAUAAGUAAGUUCUCGUUUUUGAUUUAAUAUAAGUCGUUGCGUAACAUCGAUACAAUCGGAACAAUAAAUUAAACGAAAUUAAGGAAAUUUUAACGAGCGACAAGAAUUUGUGGUCCCUCCGUGAAUGAGAUACAGCCUGUACAAUACAAACUGAUAUUAUUAUUGAUUAUUAAUACGGAUAUAUAAAUGAAAAUAUAUAAAUGAAUAUUAUUCUAUACACAGGGUGUUGAAAAAGAGUUUAUAACAGGAUAAUGAAAGCAACCACGAGUCGCACGCACCCGCAUCAAAUUGCCUUUUUUAAUUACAAGUUUCAUAUCCAUUUCCCCGCUCAUACUUGUCGCCUUCAAUCGCGUUUCGACUGCGCGUGUACGCGAUGGGAGUUGGUCAAAUAAUACGCUAUGACCACGUAUAACUUUUAGUUUUCCUCGAAAGCGUGUACGUAAUUUAUUGUGUAAGUCGAUGAUUGUUCGAACGCUAGUUUUGUGAUUUGUUGACUAUACUAUAGUUCUUAAUUUUGUCAGUUCCUUUUAGUUCAUAAAUUAGCGAACAAUUGAUGCGUGUAUUAUCAAAGCACAAAUAACAAAUACCUAGCUAACUAUGUAAAUAAAUUACGUUAAAUUUUAUAGCUUAACCGAUGUGUUGAUCACAGAUAAUUGACAGAUAUUUUGAAUAAAGCGAAAACCACUGUACACACCGAAUACACUGCUCAAAUAAAGGAACAUUUCCACAUGCUCGUUUUCAUUAUAAUUAUCACUCAAGAAACACACAACUCUCCCACUUCUUACGAUAAUCAGUUACAGCCCGAAGCACACGUGACCAAACAAACUCUUGACGAUCGACCACUUGAGUUUGCGUUAUCAUGGCAUUCUCCUGUAGCGUAUGUCGAGCGUCGAAGCGCGUUGCGCGGGCGUGCGAUUCCCGGCUGCUGUCGCUCUAAUGGGAUUUAACAGUUUUAUAAUUAACUCUGUCGAAAAUGAAAGGGAUCGCCGGAGAAAGGGGAAAGCGCGAGCAAGACAACCAAGACGUUACGAUUGUGUGCGUUAGAGUGAAUGCGUGUUCGCGAUCGUUCGUGUAUUACAAUAACAAUAAUAAUAUUAAUAAUAAUUACGAUAAUAUAUACAUACGCGUCGAGUGCGCUCGUGUGAUCGAUAUACGGAAGUAACCAUAGACACAUAAUGUGAUAGAAGGCACCACGUGCAGAUUUCAGUAUUAUUUUGCUGUUAUAACGAGUGCAUGGGGAUUAGGAUAUUCGCUUGGCGAACGUUCUUUAAAGGGAUGAGCUUUCAACGAGGUUCAUGCGUACGCGACGAAGGAACUUCGAAUACGUUCAUAUUCAAUGACCACUCCGAGAAUAUCUUUCUUUAUUUUCGAACCACUACCAUUUUUCACUCCAACAAAGCUUUGUUCGACUGCGCCACCUAAUGUUCGUGUUGUUUCAUAAAUGUAUUACCUAUAUCAAUCAUAAGAGGAAUCAACAUUGUUUUAAUAGGUUAUUAAUAUGUAAGAAAAUUUAGACGUCUAUCGGUGCAAUUUAGAGACGAAAAAGUGACAAAUACUGCGUUCGGCAAUGUGUAGAAAGCAAAAUAUAAAAAGAAAAUAAUUGGUCUAACAAAAGCAGAGUCGUUCAUAAAGAAUUAUAUAAAUAAUAAGUUGAGUGUAAUUAUUGUAAGAAGAAACCUUCGAGCGUCCAUUCGCUGUGUUUAAAAAGUGAAACUGCAGAUGCAUGUAAGACUGAAUGGAAAUCAUAUACAAAAUAUGUCGCGCGCAAAAAAUGUGUCUCGGUUGAUAUGAAUGAUUUUUAAACGGUUGCGUCUUACGCGUAUAAAAAUGGGAAACACGUACGCGCGAUUGGUUACUUUAUUAUUAAACGACAAUGAUUAUUAUGAAGUAUAAAUAUUAUAUAUAAAAACGUAUAUGUAGAAAUGUUAGUUCAAUUUUGAAGGAUAAGGGGCG